AUGAAAUCAAAAGCCUGGUUAUCAAUUAGCUCUGCUGCAAAGCACCAAUUGUCUCAGCAUCAGCAAUCUCUCUUAUACCAGCAAUCGCUCCCCACCAUUACAACCAUUCGACCUUAUCUCUCUUCGCCAGCAGCAUCGACACCUCUAAAUGACACUCCUACUACUACAACUCAUCCUCAUGCUGUAGAUCUCAACAGCAAUGCAAAUCAGAAUCCAUUGAACAGAGAGCAGAUUAGAAACAUGGCAGUGGCAACAGCAGCGCAUUAUUACCCUAUUUACAACCAGCCUUCUUCACGCUACAAACAAAAACGUUUUCUUAGCAGUAGCUCCAUCUCUUGUCAUCAGAGCAAUGCACUGGCAUUCCACGAUGAGCACCCACACGACCCACAAAACCACAAGUCGCUACCCUUGCUAAACUUCUUUUCAAAGUCUUAUGCAAAACCAGUUCCCUCCUAUAUCUUUGCUCAUGGUGCUUCAGGAUUUGCAAAAAGGCAACGUUACACAACCCCGGAUUCGAACAGGAAUCGAAACGAGCAUUAUUACAGUAUACAGAUAGGUGAAGAUGCAUAUUUCAGACGUUCAGAUGCCAUUGGUGUAGCUGAUGGAGUAGGAGGAUGGCAAGGUGUAUCAGCGGCGAAUGCUGCACUUUAUUCUAGAAAAUUAAUGCAUCAUGCCUACCUUGAAUUGGAAAGAUUCGAUAAUGUGGAUGAUCCUUGCUUUUAUCAUUAUGAUGAAGCAGAUCCUGUGAGUAUAUUACAAAAGAGCUAUGAAGAAAGCAUGCAAGAGGCUCAACAAGAAGGCAUCAUUGGCUCCUGUACUGCCUGUUUAGCCAUCCUACGACAUGAAGAAUUACGAAUUGCGAAUCUGGGUGAUUGCGGUAUUUCAGUGAUAAGACACAACGACUAUAUAUUCAGAAGCGAAGAACAGCAACAUUCAUUCAAUUUCCCAUAUCAAUUGGGUACAAGCUCUCCAGAUAGACCCAAAGAUGCUCAGUCUUUUACUGUUGCAGUGGAAAAGGGAGACAUUAUCAUUAUGGGCUCAGAUGGUUUGUUCGAUAAUUUGUUUGAUAGAGAGAUCCUGUCGAUUGUGAAAUCCCAGUUAUCAGCAUUUACAUUGCCUGGUUCAGGGAAUCGACCUCCUCGAAUGUUGUCAAUAGAGCCACAAAAGAUAUCUGAUGCAUUAGCAGAACGUGCAAAAGCAGUAAGCAACUCUAAAUUGAAUGUGGAUAGCCCGUUCCAAGUGCGUGCCGUCAAUGAAGGCCUGUAUUACCAGGGAGGAAAGGCAGAUGACAUUAGUGUCAUUGUUGCCAUUGUGAAAGAUUGUGAAGAUUCUCCUGAUAGACGUUUAUAG